AUGAGUACUCGACAGAACUUCAACUGGGAAUACUAUAGGAGAGAUGCAUGCGGUCCUGCGUUGAUGUGUGCAAGCGCACUGGCCGUGAUCACAUGCGCCAUGCAGACGAGUUGUCCGCGUGCGGUGUUCGUCCGAUUGCUGAAGACGCCGCCGCAACCGAACCAAGAUCGGCGCCAUGAGCGCAUCCGUAAUUUGGUGCUGUUCUCUAUUACACUAAAGUACUGCAAUGAUGAGAUUUGUCUGCCGAGUGUGCUGCAUCGAGAUCCGCAAUGUGGUGAACAGUUGAACGCUUUGCGCUGCGGAUCUCGUCUCAAAUUUCAACUCAGGACAGCGCCAUCUCUUGUUUUCUUUUCGCAGAUCAGGGCAAAGUUUGUGAGGAUCGCAAUGGACUUAUCUAAGAUGGUUAAAGUACUAGGAGAGCCGAGGGUUUGA